UGGCAGGCAAUAGAUUCCGGGAGUCAUCUUGGCAGGCUUGCAAUCCCUUGUUGUAGAGCACCUUUUAUCGUGAGAUCCUUCUACGAUGCGAGAAAAUCCGGCAACAAGGAGCUGUGCACGUCAGACGCGUGUGUGUCAUCUCUUCCAAUAGGAUUUGCUCGCGCAUCGCAACCUGGCCUUGUGGACGCUUCGGGACAUGGGGCCCCAAGGUGGUGUAAAUGACAAAUUGUUACUGUAGAUGCAAGUGCCCACCGUCGAGGCGGAGCGGCGGCUUCCAGGGGAGGAAGGGAUGUGCUCACAUUCCAUCCUUCGUCGCUACACAGGAUGGAAAACUCUAGGCCGGUGGGAGGGAGUGGUGUGCUUCCAUUUCGGAAUGCCGCGAGAUUUGGAGCACGGAGUUAGUUCUGGUUAUUUUAGCGGUAAUGCAGGACAACUGAAGUGAUUGGAGAGGGAUGUGAGCAUUGCAGAGUAGGUUUCUCACGAAUCGGCUCUGGCGCUCUUCAAAUCGUGGUAUACUCUGAGAUCGGAGCCAAGAGAUUUUCUCUAGGUCUUCGUAAUAGGUGGUUAACAGACGAUAGAUGAUAUGUUCCUGAGACAGUCUGAGGGAGAGUCCGAAUCUACUUCAUCUAAGACAGCAGUGAAUGCCAGCAUUGGCCAGAAGCUGACGGACACGACUCCGUUCCUCCAGUCAGGCAAGUCUGCAUCAUUUGCAGCAAUCCUCCUGACUUGUUACGCCGAAGUCUUUCUUACCUUUGGCACCACGUUGGGGUCUAGGUGGAGAAAUGGCUAAGGUCGACCAGGAACUGCAUCUAAAUUCGAAUUGCGUCGAUGCGAAUCGAUCGGACCAUGGUUCGUCUUCCGCCAGCGCUCAUAAGCCAGAUGGAUUGACAACUAGGGGCGGUAUGAUUCAUUACGAGAGCGGCGCAAUUAAGAAGCGGAGUCCAAAGUUCCUCGUCAAGAAGUUUGGAAUAAUCUCCAAAGCUUCCAACGCAACUCCGCGUAAGAACUGGAAACUUCUUGGCAAGGAAUAUAUAGCCGCUGCUUCAGGGUCUAAGACCACCGCUGUUACUAAUGUUACAGCGUCUGUAGAUCUAGAUCUCGACAUUAAUGAUAAGAAUGAUCUGAGUGCGAAUUUAGAACCUCCUAUUGAGUUCGUAAACGCAUCGAUAGACUAUGGCAUCGAGCAACACCGAAAUAAGGGUGAAGGGCCGCCCAUACAGUUUGUAACAGCGUCCAUAGGUUACAAAACGGAACAGCAGGUAGCAUUGGAGAGAUUACCGCCUCCAUUGGAUUUUGUAGUAGAACGCUCGCCUAGGAUUCUUCCGUGUGUUGUGCCGAAUCUGAGACUUGAUUCUUUGUCUCGAAGUCACUCUUCCUUGGAAAGAUCACCCUCGGGUUCUGAGAGAUUUUCCUAUAGCAAUGAUAGCAGUUUUCGUUCAGAAAGGUCUGUUUUGUCCAUCCCAGAGACGAUCAUGUCCAGCGCCCACAAUGACUGCAGUCGAGACAUGAGCUUGAAGUCAGAUGCGAGAACGAGCGCGAGCUCUUUGUCAAGCUUAAUUGAGUGGCCGGGCCAGGACUUUGGGACGUCACUCGAGAGACGCGGGGAGCUUAGCAUCAGGGCUCUUUCUUUAGGGGAAGGCAGAAAUUUGAGUGGAUUCUCUAAUCGCACAGGUAUUGCCGCGAGUGCGCAAUCGCUUGCUCGGUCGGAUACUCCGUCUAGUGCGCAACCACUUAAUUACAGCCCAGAUGAUACUGACUCUGGAGUGGAGAUGUAUCACGAAACGACAUCGGCAAGCACUGGGUCGUAUUCAUCACGCCGUUCUGGCAGCAGUCUAUCUGAGGACUGGACCUCCGAAGAGUACUCAGACCGUUCGUCGCAGUAUCUCGACCGGAGGUGUAAGUAUCGCAGUGAUGCGAGUUCCUCGAGCUACUCUUCCCGUUCAUCCCUUCAAUCACAGUCAUUCGAAUCCAGAUCACCGCAGUAUUCUUCUACAAGCACCCUUCGAAACAAAACCAAAUUAUCUCCUUCCACUUUGACAAGCAUUGUCAGUAAACAGCUACUAGAUUCGCCUAGCAGGGAUAAGAGACAACUAGGAGACUACUACGAUCACCGACGGAGCGAUUCAAGUGUCCCUUCGUCCAACUCUUCCACCCCUCGUCACUCGGACAGGAAAAAUGCUCACUCCAGAAAAACAUCCAAAGUCGUGGUGCUGCUGGGCAAAUACGCAAGCCGCAAGGGAGAUCGACGCGAAACUUCGAGGUGCUCCAGCGGGAAACACAGCGUGUGCUACAUGGACGACACGGACGUAAUCCCACUGGAUUCGAUCACUCCUCAGGAAGCCGUUGCCGUGUUUCACGACGAUGUGGCACAGAUGAUGCUCGAGGAAGGCAAAUACUGCUCCGAAGUGAACGACGUCGACGAGUUUCUGGAGGGGUACAUGAGCUUGCGGUCACCUUUCUAUCUGGCAAUGGUGGACGACUUCUUCCGAGCUGUCUGCGUGGAUAGCUACAAACGCCCCGUGGAACUACCCGUCGAUGGCACUCCUCGCAGCACAUGCUUCGGAUCAGGAUCCGUGUCAACCAGCUCCAAGUCCUUCCGCUCGGAGUCCAAGUCCUUGACACAGAGCUCCAAAUCCAGCAGCGUGGAACCCAGAUCCAUGAGUUCUGAGCCCAAAUCCUCGAGGUCAGAGUCGAAGUCAUUAAGGUCGCAGUCCCGUAACAGCUACGACAGAGAGAGGUAGCUUCAUUGUACACUCUUGUGCACGCUGCGGCUGUCGUGGUGCCCAGUCCAUUAGGGACCCACUUAGCUAUAGCUCCGUCACGCGCCGCCGCAAACUCAACUGCACUGAACCUCGACGCACCGACGCCGCGACGCCGACGUCAGCUUGUCGGUGCAUUCUUUUGAGUCUUGUACUCUGCUCCAAAGGCUCUUGAAGCUAACGUUUGCUUCUUCCUUUUCCUUACAAAAAAAUUGAUGAAGGUUUUGUAUUGAUUAAGAUGGGUAAGCCCUAUUUUUUUAUUGUUUACCUCUGUAUCUGUACAUGUAUAUAUAUCUAAAUAUAUUUAGAAAGCCUUGUGUGGGCAGGGUAAUGUC